AUGGACAAGAUCUUGAUUGUGAUAACAUCAAUGGUUCUUGGUCAUUACAAUUCCGUCAGUAUUUCCAAUUACACACUAACAGACUGCAUGACUGAUAUUGAAAUUUUUACGAACGUUGCUUUUUCAAACCCUUCAAAUGUCGCAUCUACAAAUUUUACAAUAUGUCAAACGACGUGUCUUCAAGAAAACACCUGCAUUGCUUUUUAUUAUGAUACCGGAACAUGUCAGCAUUACAGCAAUUUGUCCAGAAUGAUCGACUAUCAAACAGGAAAUGUUUAUUUUAAAUGCCUUGCGUGUGAAGUUGGUUGGUAUUAUUACCAAGGAAUGUGUUAUGGAAUUUUCCCAAAUUGCUCCAAUAUUGGCGCAGCUUCAGCCAGAUUUUACGGUUUGGAUACUACCCUUAUUCAUGUUGUAGACAAAAUAAAGAAACCGUUUUAUAUCAGGGAAGUCAUAAAUCGCCAUGGAGUGUGGAUUUUUGAGACUUACAACAUAACUUUUGCCUUUGUAUUAGGCUCAGGAGAAAAGUGUGUGUAUGCCAACCAAGCUAUGCCUUUGUUAAAUGCCAACUGUUCCUUAGGAUUGGACGAAAUAUGUGAAAAGGAAGGUGAACCGAAAUACCAAGUAACCAAAAGUGUGACUACAGAUGAAACGAUUUCCACCUUAUCGACCAAUGAAGCAGAUCCUAGCACAGAACGCCAAACCAUCACAGACUUCGCAUCUACGAUCACGGUUAAGACAACAAGUUUGACGAGCCAUGCUGCAAGAAUAAUAUCAACAGAGGUUAUUAAUGCUUCAACAUUCAUGUUCCCUUUGAGUCAAAUGAUGACGGAAAAACCGGAAAUCAAAACAGGAAAUUUCCAGAAUCAGUCGAAAACCGGUAUUUUGACCAAAAUCCAGCAAAUUGAUUCGCAGACUGAUCAAACAACUGUAAGAAAUUUUCUCCAAGAUCUCACCCCGUAUAUGACAAAUCUCACAUCUCAUGAAACACAGGUUGUAAUAAAUGCAACUCGUAAUUUGAUAAAUUGUGCAAUUAAAGCGAAUUAUUCAGAAGUAGAUUAUCCACUGAUCCUGGAAGAUGUCGCUAAUCUAUCAAGCAAUGUUCCCCAAACAAAUGAUGAUUUGAAGUUGGCCUUGACUGAUUCAAUGUUAAGAAUUACAAAUCAAAUUCUAAUCCUGGGCAAAAACGAGAAAACUUUUUAUUUUUCAUCCACUGAUUAUGUCCUUGCGGGUGUCAAGACAGAUCCACAAAACCUUAAUGGAUUGAAUUUGAAAACAGAAUAUGGAGAAAUAAAUAUCCCGGAUUCUAUGAAGGAAGCUGAAACAACACUAUACUUUAAGAUGAUCAGUUACAAAGAUCCCAUUUCGGACCCCAGCAUAGAAAACAAAACCCAAUCUUCUAUGAUAUACGUUUCCCUGGAAGAUGACCAAAAUAAUGCUAUUCCGAACCCUGAUCCCGACAAAACUGUCAAAAUAGAAAAAUAUACCCGCGUUUUACGCGUACUUAUCCAUUCUAAUGAUCCACAAACUAUUUUAUACCUUCUUGUGGAUUAUGGAGGCUCCUCCAAUAAAAGACUUCAGAAAAGAUUGAACCAUACUCCAUUAAAAAUUAGAAGUUCUUUGGUACAGCCGAUGUUGAAUAGGAAGUCACUUAAGGAACAAUCAAAAGACGAAUAUGAACCUUUUGAUAUUCAGGACACGUCAAUAGAUGAAAACUACAACGUGAUUCUCAAAACGAAUUUAUUUGGAACUUUUACAUCAGUCAUUUCGUUCGUUACUCCAAAAAUAUUAGAUUUUGAAAAGAUCUUCGUCGACUUUGAGAAAAAAGUUUUGAAUAAUUCUUACGUUCUCAUUGUUCUUCUGCUGAUAUUUUUCGUGUAUUGCAUCUUGGCGCUUAUGGUCAGACGACUGGACAAGAAAGACCAGAUCUGUUGGCAGUAUCUGCCCUUAGCGGACAAUGUGCCUUCUCAGUCUUGUGUCUAUCUGAUGCGUGUUUACACGGGAAUCCGAUCAUCUAGAAAAAUGACAGCUGUGCCAUAUUUUAUUCUCAGAGGGAAGAAAGGAAUCACGGAUAUACGAAUUCUGGACGACAAAAUUAGACAUAAUUUACGCCAUGGAACAGUUUCCGAUUUCAUUCUACGAACUGAUGGACACCUAGGAAAUCUGCUGUCUCUGAAAAUUUGGCACAACAACGAAGGAUCUUGUCCAAAGUGGUUUCUUUCCCAUAUUGAGAUCAAGGAUACCAAAGACAACAAAUGGUAUUCGUUCCCGUGUCACGACUGGUUCUCUUUCGAUAAAGGCGACGGAUCCAUCAUUCGACAAUUAGAGCCUCAUUCAAAUCGAUGCGACAAUUUAUUCGAUAAUCUAAAAUCGCGGAUCUUCAUCGAUUUGUUUGAUGACCACCUUUAUGUUUCGGUCGUGAAGCGCCCGCGUUCAAGUCCCUUCACUCGAGUUCAAAGGUUAUCAACUAUCGUCGCUGUCUUGUACCUGUCUCUUGUCAGUAGCGCCAUGUACUACAAACCCACCGACAAGAUCCCGUCAAGAGCUCUCACCUUGGGACCCUUCACUCUUACUUCCAAAGAGAUUGUUGUCGGACUAAUUAGUUCCGUCAUUAUGGUCUUACCAACAUCAAUCAUCAUCAAUUUGUUUAAAUGGCGUAAGGUUAAUAGUGAAGAGUCAGAUAGCUGUGGAAGCUCACUGACUCUCGCUGAGCGACUGAAACGUUUUCGUCUGCCUUGGUGGUCAAUGUCCUUGGCUUAUCUUCUUAUUUUUCUCAGUAUCAGUAUUUCUGCCUACUUCACGUUCAUGUAUUCCAUCGUGUGGGGAAAGGAACUAGCAUUGAAAUGGUUACUCUCCAUUGCCAUCAAUGUCGUUCUUUCGAUCCUUCUCAUUCAACCGGUAAAAAUAGGAUUUGUUGCGUUGCUCGCUUCCUACUUUUUCCAAACCCCAACGCUUGACGAUGAAGACAACGCUGGAAUUUCAGACUUCGUGGAAUGCACAGGCACGUUUCAAUCGAAGAUCAAAAUUUGUCCGCCACCAGAUAUGAUGGUUGAAGAAUGGAAGCAUAAAAAGCUAAUUCUGAAACUUGAUCACAAACUGUCCAAAAUCUUUCGAACCUUGUUCUCCAGAUUCUUUUAUGUGAUUCUUUUAGUCUUUUUUGUCAUCAACGAAAGAAUAAACACGAGGUUUCAUCAAAAUAAGGCAAUUGAACAGCAACUGCAACUCGACAAAUUAAAACAGAAUCAUGGUGUGGAAGACAUGUGGAACUGGAUUGAGACAUUUGCCCUUCCUGUGAUAUUCCCACUGAAAACGAAUGACAAGCGGUUAUUGCUGAUUGACGAACAAAGGUAUUUGGCUGAUCAAGUAAACAAACGCUUAGGAGCCGUCCGCUUUCGACAGAUACGACCAGAGAAAGGUUGGAGGAAAGAUUUUCAAGUAUUUGGCCAGAACGAAACCAAAGACGACUUAAUUCUAUCUGCGCUUCAUUACACAAGCAGCAUCGAUAGCAGAGAGUACUUUAAACAGCGUGGCACUCUGGGAUAUUAUCAAAAUGGCGGCUAUAUUGUCGAUAUUAACAAACGCUACCUGAAGGCCAAACGGAUUCUUUCGCAAUUACGAGAUUUAAAGUGGAUGGACGACCAAACCCGUUGUCUCUUCAUCUGCAAUGUUAUAAGACUAUUUUCUCGACUGAAAAAAAUGCAAAAAACAAAAUUAUUCGCCUGGACUAUGAUUAUUCCUUUGCUGAAUAUCUUUUUCUCCAUGAUGAUUAUAUUCGGGUUCAUUGUCAAAAUUGAUCAGCUGCUUGUAUUAAGAGACGAGUUGGUUGCACACCCAGACAAAUACGUUUCAGCUGACAUAUUAAUCAUACAAGAGCAAAUCUAUCUGGCUGGACUUUGUGGGUGUAUUCUUGUCGCAAUGUUAAGUCUACUGGAGCCAAUGACGUUCAACUACCAUUUGUUUCUGAUGAAGGGAAGUAUAAGUGUUUCGAUGCCAAGUCUAUUGUCUUUUACCGUUUUUCUGGUAGUAAUUCUUUCCAGCUUUGCUUUCUCACUUUAUGUCACUCUGUGCAGUUACUCUUUCCACUUCAAGGAUCUGCGGACUGUCUACCUGACUCUUUUCCGGAUAUUUCUUCUGAUGGGGAAGUUCCAUGAAACUUUCCAACUCGACAGGUUAUUUACGCAUCUAGUUUUCUUAGCCUACGGAUUCACGGUAUCAAUCAUCUUACUGAAUGUGUGCGUAAGUAUCAUCAACGAUUCGUUCACAUACAUCCGCGAUAUGCAACUUAAUGUUGGGUCAAAGUAUCGAUUUGAUCAGAGGCUCAACGACCAUUUCUGGAACCGGAUGAGAAGAUUCUUUUGUAGAAAAAGACAAGACAAUUCUCAGAAAGUUUAUGAAGUCAAACAGCGAGAUAAUGAUGACACGGAUAUAAAGAAGAUUUUGCUCAAGCUGGACUGGAUAAUCUGUAAGACUAUCUCAGAUUACGAAAAGGAAGAAAUUCAUGCUAUUUUAACAGAAAACUUUGCACUUAUUAAAUCUGAAGUUAAUCUGCUCAAAGACACUGAGAAAUGCAAAAGGACCAUCUGA